GCCAGUACUACUAAGAAAAUUAGUAAAGCGAUAAAUAGUAUUAAUAUAUAUAAGUCAUGAAAGGGUUUGGGUCUUCAUGUGGAGCAUGCAAGUACCUAAGGAGAAGGUGCACAAGAGAUUGUGUAUUUUCCCCUUACUUCUCCUAUGAUGAGGCAUCAACCCAUUUUGCGGCAGUUCAUAAGGUGUUUGGUGCUAGCAACGUCUCUAGACUGUUGCUACACCUUCCAUUGCACAACAGAAGUGACGCUGCUAUCACCAUAACUUACCAAGCUCUCGCUCGCAUGCACGAUCCUAUCUAUGGUUGUGUUGCUUAUAUCUAUGUAUUGCAGCAACAGGUUGCAAGCUUGCAAAGGGAGAUAGAUGAUAUACUAGGGAAUAAUUUCAUGAUGAAGAAUUCCUCAUGUCUUGGUGUUGAGAAUUAUUGUGGCAAUGUUCAUCAAUCACCGAUGAUGAACAUCAACAACGGGAUAGAGUAUAUUGUGCAAGAAGGAACAAGGAGUCAAUGUUAUAAAAGUCAACUAGCUAAUCAAUUUUCUAGUGAUGAAGAAAUUGACAGAGAGUAUGAAAGAUUAUUAUUGAUGGACACAGAUCAUUUAUUAUAUGGUGAGACAGACCCCAUCUCCCUGGAGAAGUUUCUGUCUGGAAUUGACCAGGAUGUGUUCCUUAAUCAUCCAUGGUUCAAGCAUAAUAAUAAUAACAUUAUUGGAAACUAGCAAUAAUCAAAGCCAGAACUAUAUUCUACUGAUUGUGCUACAUGAUUAUAUUGCACAAGAGUGAAUGUUUGUGUCGACAUUUAUUUUAUUUUGUGAAUAUAUAUAAUCAUACAAGCUAAGUACAUCCAGAAGUUCCUCUGCAAAAGGAACGGCCUACAGAGCUCAAAACUACACAGUUCAAGCUAUGGGUAAUUCUAAAAUCUCAGUUUUCCUUCGCUUGUUAAUUUUCCCCUAAGCCUUAUUAAACGAUGUACAAG